CUGGAUUUGAGUGAGUGAAGAGAAAUGUACUGUGGUGAAGUGGAUAAGACGUGUCUCUAGGAAGAACGACACCUGUUGUAGUGGCAGCACCAGCGGCGGGGAAAGCAGCGUGGAUGAAUACGUCUCUUUUCACUGUCGGGACCAAAAUGAGAGGGAAGACGAGGAACUGUGUCCAUUGAAGCCGCUGAUCCGGGGGGGUGUGUACAGCUUCCAAGGACCAGCCCCACCCCUUCUACCUUUCCCCCGUGGCUGGAGGGGCCCACUCGGCCGUGGAUCUGGAAGGCGAAGGCCAGUUUUGGGUGAGCAGUUGCUGGCGGCGGACGGCAGUACGGCUGCUCCCUCGUGCGUGGCAUUGUGUAUGUGUACGCUCGCUCCCUCCUCGCCCGUCCCCGCCCCGGGGAUGGGCGGCACUCCUGCCCACACCAAGCACUACUCCACAAGGCAGAGGGCCGCCGAGACCCAGAUCAUUCAUAUUGUGGAGAAUAAACCAAAGUGUAAAGAAAGUUGUAACAAACCAAAUAACAAGGACUCUCAGCAAGAGAGUGAAAACACAGUGAUGCAAACAUCCACCACCACCAACAUGCCAACGAAGAGGUUCUCUUUUCUCAUGCGCAGCACCAGCAUGAAGACAGAGACGCCUGCUGCCUCAGAGCGACAAUCCGUCACUCCCAGCGACCAGGCCAUUCUGGACAAGCUGGCCACCCUUAGCAUACAGACUCCUGAAGCGGUGAUCAAGCCACGGGUGAAGUGUUCGCUAUUUACCCCGCCGUGUGCCCGCUGCGGGGAGCCCGUGUACCCACAGGAGCGCGUGGAGCCCACCCUCAGGCUAGUGUAUCAUAACGCUUGUUUCAAGUGUUACCAUUGCGGACUCAGACUCACGCUCAAAACUUUCUGUAGAAGUCCACUGGACUCUAAGGAUACCCGGAUGUACUGCAGGAGCCACGUUCCCGUGUUGGACCCUGGGAGAGUGAGCGUUGCAUCUGACUCUACCCACGCCCACCACACGUUACCAAGAGUGAGUAGCAUGACAGUUCACGAUAACUCCAGCAGUAUCAACAGAAACACGGCCACUUCCCUUCUCCGGGACCAACUGGACAUCGUGAAGUGUGACACCGUCGGCCUUCGCUACCUCUAGCCGGAAGGGACACCAGCAAGUUGUGAACUGAAUUUGGAGGACUUUGACGAGAACAAACCUUAUAGUGCAAGUUGUGCAUCUCGCAGAGACCAAGGACUGUGGAUAUUGGGUCGAUACUAUAUAGGAAAGCUGUUUUUAUUUGCACAUUCCUUUAUAGAUGUAUACUGUAUAGGUUGUGUUCUUUACAUGUAUUACAAGUUACCAUAAUAUAGUUAAUGUAGUCCUAAACAUACAAUAGAGUAAAGAAUUAAAGCUCAUAUAUUUAUAUUUUUACUAACUGUGCCAUUAAUAUCAAAUCCUUUCAAAAUAGGAUUUCUCACAGGAAAGGAUAAGUACAGUAUUACUAUUGUUCUAUCUUUCCACAUUCCAGACACAUACUUGUAUUAAAGCCUUCCAUCAAAUUCUUAAUAUCUGAUAUGACUUAAUACAGAUUCAAAUGAAAUACUGUAUACUUCUUAAUAUAAACAUAAACAGUUUGUGGCAUGGUUAAAAUAUAAUAUGUUUACUCCUGCAUGGCAAAGCAUGUAGACUAUAAAAUUCGUUAAAGUAUAAUAUAGAAAGGUAUCUUCCUUCUUGCCCUUAUCUCCUUAUUCUUAAAGAUUUGGGACAUGUAUAUUUAUUGUGCAGCAGAUGAUGCUAACAGAGUGGCAUGCAGUAUCUGUCACUGAUCAUUUGAAAGCCAAAAAGAAAUUCUUCACAAUUCAGGAAAAAGGGUAUCAAUUGAGCUUUCCUGAUAUUUCUAAAAACGUUCAAGGAAUGUCAAGAUUGUGAGACCUUCUGUGGAUCUUUCAUCACCUCUUCCCUAAAAUGAAGUAAUUCUGUCACCUCAGUUUAGUUUAUAGUUAAGUUAAAUGAAACAUGAAUGGAAGAAAUAUUUUGAUAAUUGCCACUAAAGGAGUAGUUCAGUAUUAUUAGUGACCUAAUAAAUCAAAUAUAUUGA